UUUACUGGGCCGCCUAGUGGAUGGUCUACGUACAACACAGCCAUUUUUCGCGAAGAAACUUGUUCGUGUAUAAAAUCGUUUACCAUCUGUGUGGUUAUUGUGUGUUCGUGCGUUGUAGCUAACAUUUAAUCAAGAUGAUGAACUUUCCAGUUAACAUGUGGAAGAUUCGGGAAAUAACAGAUAAAGUAACAAAUGUGGUGAUGAACUAUACCGAAGUUGAGACAAAGGUCAGGGAAGCGACCAAUGAUGAACCAUGGGGCCCAACAGGACCUCUAAUGGGAGAGAUAGCUCAGUACACAUAUACAUACGAACAUUUCCCUGAAGUAAUGGGUAUGCUGUGGAAAAGAAUGCUGCAAGAUACCAAGAAAUACUGGAGGCAGACAUAUAAGUCUUUGCUCCUUCUCUCUUAUCUCGUGCGCAAUGGCUCUGAGAGAGUUGUGACAAGUGCAAGGGAGCACAUCUAUGAUCUGAGAAGAUUGGAGAACUACCAACAUAUUGAUGAGCUGGGAAAAGAUCAGGGUGUAAAUGUAAGACAAAAGGUGAAGGAUCUGAUAGACUUCAUUCAAGAUGACGAUCGGCUUAGAGAGGAGCGCAAGAAGGCAAAGAAAAACAAGGAUAAGUACAUUGGCUUAUCCGGAGGCGAGGGUAGAUAUGGAGAUCGAUGGGAUGACAGCCAGUGGCGGGGUAGUAGUGUUGGCGGAGGCAUGAGAUCACAAUUCUCAGAUAUGGAUAGCUGGAAGGAACCGUCAACUGUGGAGAAGAUUGAAUCAAAAAUUCGAGAGACUCUAAAUAUCGCACGGGGACGCACGGAAGACCAGCCAGACGUUAGUAAUGAAGAUGAUGACUUCAAGUAUGACUCGGAUAACGGUUGGGGCCAAGGCCGCCGUGAGUAUUGUGAUGAUGAAGAUUCCUGGACACAGAGUCGGUCAGAGAAUAGCAGUCCAGCUAAGCGACCCAAUACGAAAGCACCCAAGAAGCUUGAUCUUGGUGCAGCUGCCUCCUUCAGCAGUUCAGAGGGCAGAACGCGUAGUCCAACUAAAUCUGCAGUAGUUGAUGAAGUGGAAUCACCACCUACUUCUAAACCUCAAGCAAGUGCCAAACCUUCUGCUAUAGAUCUCUUGGGUGACCUGGAGGGCAACUCUGCCUUCACUCAAGUUUCUGCAGAUCCCUUUAUUUCCUCCAAAUCAGCAGCCACUGAAAAUGGAGAGUUUGGAGAUUUUUCUCAAUUUUCUUCAGGUGCUACAACAACAAAAGCAACUGAUGAUUUCGCAGAUUUUUCGGCAUUCCAAUCUCAGAGCACCCAGCCUUCAACAUCUGCUGGUCAAGUGGCUCAACAGUCUACGGCCCAACAGGUGGCAGUACAGCCUAACUUUCAGUCUCAGCAGUUUAUUGGACAAAACUUGGGUAUGCCUAUGCAGCCUGGUCAGUCCUCCAUGUCGAUGAACCCAACCCAGAGUAUGAUGAUGUCACAACCUGUUGCACAAACACAGCAGGGAGUGAUGACUGCACAGCCUUCCGUAACACCAAUGCACCAGGGAAUGAUGACACAGCCUUCUGCAACACCAAUGCCCCAGGGAAUGGUGAUGACACAGCCUUCUGUAGUACCAUCUCAGCCAGCAAUGGUACCACAGUCAGGCAUACCAACCACACCACAAGGAAUGAUGCUGUCUCAAGAGCCAAGGAUUUUGUCGCAACAAGGAUUGGUAAUGCAGUCAAAGGGUAUGAUGGCACAGCAGAAUUCACAAGGAAUGGUAUCAGUACAACAACAGGGAAUGAUGCCAACUGCGAUGGACAUGCACCAGAUGGGACAAGGAGGUGGCCUGCAGCCUCGGAUGCUCCUCAUGAACACAAGUGCUUCAUACAAUAAGCCAAAUACAUGGAGCAAUGUUGGGAUUAACAUCAGCCUAGACAGCCUGAGCAAUCCUGGUAGCCAGUAUCAGAAACAGCAGCAGCCCAGCAUGAACCAGCUUCGUUCUCCACCGCAAGAAGUUGUGUCUUUAACAGGACUGCCUCCCACAGGAAUGAUGGGUGUGCCACAACAGCAAGCAACAGCCUCACCGGUCAACCAGCAGCAAGGAUUUGCCAACUUCAGUGGGUUGUGACACUCUUCCACAUCUUCAGCACAAUUGCUACAUUGCUGAUGGUCAGGAUCACUGAUUUAUUACGUUUCUACUGUCUAUACAGAGUAAAUGGAGUGCAUCAUAAGUUGUGUGUGUGAGCAUGUAUGUGUGCGUGUGCGUGUGCGUGUGCGUGUGUGUGUGUAUGUGUGCGUGUGCGUGUGAUUUCAGGAGUGUGGAGACAUGUUGAGUUGUCUCAUAGUAACAGAACAUGUAUAACUAGUUGCUCCAAGAUUACUUUUCACAUUAUGCUUCAGCAACUGUUUCCCACUGCCGGUGAAUGUUAUGGAGGUAUUGUGUUCAGUUCGCUACACACACACAUUCAGUACAUCAAAUAGUGGAAACUGUUCUUAUGUGUGGUGUAUCAAACUGGAUUGAACAACGUAGGAAAUUUGUAGAGAAUGUGCUAUAGUACCAGCUAUCAAGCAUUUCUUGUGCAUGUUUACAGCAAGUAUAACUACUGAAUAGCAUGUCUGGGGAUGGGGAAAGCUGCCCUGUUUGCUCAAACUCUUAUAAUACUGCCUUGUUUAAUUUGGUAGAUUACAUAUAAAAUAGAAAAGUAGUAUAGGUUGUAGCACAAGUUGGGUAUAAGAAGGUGAUCUAUAUGCCUAUCACCAGGAACAUAUCUAUAUAGUAUAGAUAUGUUAUCCAUAGUAUUUACUGCAUAUUUAAAGUAAUAACCAGUUGUUGCUUACUAGGUGGCAGUGCACCAAUAAAGUAACAUAGCUCUGUUUACCAUCGUGUGAUUUUAUCCAUCUGUUUGUUUACUUGAAAAUUCACUUACCUUAAAUCCAUGUGAUAUGAAUGAUUGUCAAAACAAUGAAGUAAAGAUCUUUGUAAAUAUUGCAUAUCGUGUGGAGUUCGGGCGUGUUAUUAAUAAUGUCUCGAAUUGUAAUAGACACGAAGAGGUGGUGUACAGAUGUGUCUGAUUUUGUUAACAGAAGAGGUUAAAACAGCUGUUUAGCAAAGUGGGCUUUGAGUUAAUAUUAUGAUAAUUCAGACCGUGUAGACUGGUGCAGUUUCUGACGUUUGUAUACUGUUUUUGUUUUGUUAAUGACUCGGUUUCUCACCGGUCGUGGAUCGUGCAACGUUGAGAAUUAAAUAGUAAGAAUACAGCUCUACAAUCAGUACUUACCGACUUUUAAACCCAAUUUUUGGGUGAAAACGUUUUUAGUGUUGUGAAACCGUGAGGAUGCAUACCAGUUUUAUUGUUGCAGUACUGCUGUUAAUAAUUAUGCUUAGAUGAAAACACUUAGUAGAUCAGCAAUUGAAUAUGCAGUUCUUAAAAAUGGUGGUAAUAAAUCAAGUUUACGUGCACAUGCACCAUAGUCUUCGAUAACAUAGCAUUGGAAUUUGGGAUGGUGUAAACACUGGCUUUCGUUACGUGGGUUAAUAUUCCUAGACUGAUAAAAUUAAUAGCAAUUCUAUCAGCUUACUGUGUCACCGUUUAUUUAAAGCUAUAGAGGCAUCAUGAAUGCUGCCGUUCACUGAAGUAAUGUCACUUUACUAAACUUAAUACCCUCAGAUCCUGUUGAUGUUUUGUUGGCAAGUGUGGUGGACAUAUAUUUACAAGAAAUAACCAAAUUAUAUUAAAUGUUUAUUAUAUACAUUCAUGGAGAAAUAAAGUUGUAUAAUUUUUAAA